AUGCCGAAUCUUACGUUAACGGCGGAACCGGGGGAUUACCGAGCCGUUCUCCCGGCCCUCGCCGCGUCGAUCUCGGGUAUCGUAGUCCCGAUCGCCACCCCUUCCCCUCCCGCCGCCGCUUCGGGCCGCCAAUCUACGGGGCCGCGCGAUGAUCCAGUUUUCGGCGCCGCGCCGUGCUUGACGGGACCGAACGGCGUGCGACUGUACGAUGCUGUCGCUGCCGCGCGAUUCAUUGCCGCGGAGAGCGGAGCAGGGGCGUCGCUACUCCCAGCCGACAGCUCCGUGGAGGCCAUUAGUGCGGAGGAGUGGCUGUAUUGGGAGGUGACUGUACUGCAGCCGCAGGUGCUUGCAGCAGCAGCAGGCCACAUCCAAGAGCUCACAAAAGACGCUUCCGACCGCCUCUAUCAGGCGCUUGCCGCCAACCCCAAGCACCUUCUGGGCGGCAUAGAUUUGUCUCUCGUGGACCUUGCCGUGUGGAGUGAUCUGCUGCUGUUGUUUGGCCCGGGCGGCAAGCUUUCAUCUGACUCUGAGUCGCCUUUGGCCAAGUGGUUCAGGUCAUGGGAGAGCGAUGCUCGCUUCAAGGCGGCUGUAGCUGCUGCUCUCGCCUCUGCUCCGUCCGAAGCUUUUCUUCAGUCUGCUGCUGCCCAGUUCGCUUCUCAGAUGGCCGCUGCGCCCGGGCAGGCUGAAAGAAGUGUUGUGAAGCUGCCCGAGCCGGGCAAGCGGAAUGUGAUGGUGACAAGUGCGCUGCCGUACGUGAACAACGUCCCGCACCUUGGGAACAUCAUCGGAUGUGUGCUGAGUGCGGACGUGUUUGCGCGGUACUGCCGGCUGCGGGGGUACAAUGUGAUCUUCAUGUGCGGCACCGACGAGUACGGCACCGCCACCGAGACCAAGGCCAUGGAGGAGGGGGUCACGCCGAGGCAGAUCUGCGACAAGUACCAUGCCAUCCACCGCAGCAUCUAUGAGUGGUUCGGGAUUUCUUGCGACAAGUUCGGCCGGACCUCCACGCCGCAGCAGACCAAGAUCUGCCAGUCGAUCUUUAAAUCGAUUCACGAGCAGAAGAGGCUGAAGGAAGAUACGAUCAGCCAGCCCUACUGUGUGGUGUGCUCUCGCUUCCUGGCAGAUCGAUUUGUGGAGGGCACGUGCCCCACGCCGGGGUGUGCCUACGAGGACGCCAGAGGGGACCAGUGCGACCGCUGUGGGAAGCUGCUCAACGCUGCUGACCUCAUCAACCCAAGAUGCCAUAUGUGCCACAGCCGCCCGGAGAUCCGCAACACGGAGCACCUGUUUUUGGAUCUGCCCGAGCUCAAAGCUGAGCUGGAGGCGUACGUGAGCGACACGUCAGCAGCGGGCGGGUGGAGCGCCAACUCAAUCCAGACGACCAACGCGUGGAUCAGGGAUGGGUUAAAGCCCAGGUGUAUUACGAGAGACCUGAAGUGGGGCGUGCCUGUUCCUCUUGAUAAAUACAAGGAUAAGGUGUUCUACGUGUGGUUCGACGCCCCCAUAGGCUACAUCAGCAUAACAGCCAACUACACGGAGCAGUGGGAGCGGUGGUGGAAGAACCCUGAGGAGGUGGAGCUGGUGCAGUUCAUGGGCAAGGACAACGUGCCCUUUCACACGGUCAUCUUCCCGUGCACAUUGCUCGGGACAAAAGAGCCAUGGACACUCAUGCGCACCAUCAGUGUGACAGAGUACCUCAACUACGAGGGGGGCAAGUUUAGCAAGAGCCGUGGCGUGGGCGUGUUUGGGAACGAUGCUCAAGACACGGGGAUCCCUGUGGAGGUGUGGCGCUACUACCUGCUGACAAAUCGGCCUGAGGUGUCGGACACGGUGUUCACAUGGGCGGAUCUGCAGGCGAAGCAGAACAACGAGCUGCUCAAGAACCUCGGGAACUUCAUCAACCGCACGCUCGCGUUCCUCGCCAAGCCCGAAGGCGAAGGCUUCGCAUCCAUCGUACCAGAAGCUCCGGGAGCAGAGGAGGACGACCUGACAGCCAAGUUCGGGCAGACAGUUGGAGACUUAGUUAAGGAAUACAUUGACAAUAUGGAGAAAGUGAAGCUAAAAGCGGCGCUUAAAACGGCCAUGGCGGUCAGCAGCGCGGGGAACCUGUACCUGCAGGAUUCCAAGUUCUGGAAGCUCUAUAAGGAGGAUAAGCCGCGCUGCGCUGUGGUGAUGCGGUCCGCGGUGGGGGUGGUGCAUUUGCUCGCCACGCUGCUGCAUCCCUUCAUGCCGUCAUUCUCAGACAAGGUGUUGGCGCAGCUGAAUCUGCCCACCUCAUCCCUCUCUCUCACCGACACUGCAGCCGCAGCGGCCGGCCAGCCGUGGGGGGUGGUGGCGGCUGGGCAUGCCAUCGGUGCCGUGGAGCCCAUCUUCCGAGAGAUGAAGGACGACGAGGUGGACGCUUUUAGAAAUAGGUUUGCCGGGAGCCAGGCUGAUCGCACUGCUGCUGCCGCCGCCGCUGGUGCUUCUGGUGGUUCUGCUGCUGGUGCCGCUGGUGCUGGGGGUGCUAAGGGAGGUGCUGGUGGUGGAAAGGGGAAGGGUAAAGGUGGUGGUGGUGGUGGUGGGGCUGAUGGUGUGGCGAAACAGAAAGGGGAAGGCAAGGAGAAGGGGGAGAAGGGAGAGAAGGGAGACGGGGCGGCAGAUGGUGCAGCUGAUAAGAAAGAGAAAAAGGGCAAGGGGGAGAAGGGAGAGAAAGGGGAGAAGGGAGAGAAGGGGAAAUCCGGAGGAGGGAAAGCAGGAGGAGGAGCAGCAGAGAGCGCAGUAGUGGAUGUGUCUCGGUUGGACCUGAGAGUGGGGCGGAUAGUGAAGGUGGACAAGCACCCAGACGCCGAUUCGCUGUAUGUGGAGCAGAUUGACCUAGGGGAAGCAGAGGGGCCUCGCACCGUUGUCAGUGGCCUUGUCAAAUUCGUACCAAUCGAGCAGAUGCAGGAUCGGCUGGUGUGUGUGUUGUGCAACCUCAAGCCUGCAGCCAUGAGGGGCGUCAAGAGCCAUGCCAUGGUGCUCGCUGCCUCUAAUGCCGACCACACUCAGGUGGAGCUUAUUAACCCUCCGGAAGGGGCAGCACCCGGUGAUCGGAUCACGUGUCCCGACUACCCCGGGGAACCAGACGCGCAGCUGAACCCGAAGAAGAAGGUGUGGGAAGCGGUGCAGGUGGAUCUGCGUACCAACGGAGAGAGGGUGGCGUGCUACAAGGGGGCGUCGGAGAGAAGGGGCAGGGAGAAGGAGAGGGGAGGGUGGGAGCGGGUGAAAGGGGUUAGAGUUGGAUCAUGUGCAAGAGAGGGUGGUGUAGGAGGAGGAGUAGAGGGGGGUCAAGUAUUGCAUCUGCACUGCAUGGGACAGUUGCAACAAGACAUGCACUUUCAUGGGCUGCUGCGACAGCUGGGUCGAUUUCAGUGCGUUCGUGAAGCUUAA